UAUUCUGAAACUUCACAUCGCAGGGAGAAGACCAACAUGGCCGCAUGUUAGUCUUGUAUUUUCUUUAGUGUUUGCCAAUGGUUUGAAAGGUUCAAAAGUACUCCAGGAAACAGUCUUUUUCAUCUCAACUACGAAAGUAAAAUUAUCAAGAAGGUUGAAGUGAAACAGAAUAGUUAAUAGUUAUCACCUAUUGCAGUUGAUUCCAGACGCAAUGUUGCAUCACCAGCAUUCAAUGGCGAUGCCGGCCAACCAACACAGAGAUGCCAGGUUGGGACAAGUAGCUAUGAGAAUGCAGCAACAUCAACAGCAUCAACCCCUACCGCAACAGACACAGCAACGACAGACCAUUUUAAUGGGUAUGCAGCCUCAGGCAAGCGGUCCUGGGAGGGAGCGAUUGCUUGUAAAGCCGUCGUUGAUGGUACUUAUAAUACUCAUAGUCCUGUGUUUGCAUCAGACGCAUGGUGCAGGUGUCUUUACAGUUGAUGACUUGGAUUAUUUAUUUGGUGCAAAUGGAUGUAUUGAAGGUGUGUUAGUGUCAAUGCCGCCUGCUCCUGUGGUGGCAGCAGCUGCCCCAGUAACUCAACAGAUGAACAGCAAUAAUAAGAAUAUUGUGUCAGGUAUAGCAUCACCGUUGCUAGGAGUAACAGCAAGUGAGAGUGAAACGGCUGCUACUCCAGGCCACCAGAGGCAGCAGCUGCAACAACAGACAGCAACACAGCUGAAUGGCACAACCUCAGCUAGUACCACCACUUUGGCGAACACAAAAGAGAAAACUCCCAUGUGUCUUGUCAAUGAGCUUGCGAGAUUCAAUAAGAUCCAGCACCAGUACCGCCUGACCAAUGAACAAGGACCAGCACACAAGAAGCGAUUCACAGUGACAUUGAAACUGGGUGACGAGGAGUAUUCAGCUGAGGGGGCAAGCAUCAAGAAGGCCCAGCAUUCAGCAGCCAGUGAAGCACUGGAGCACACCCAAUAUAAACAUCCUCCACCAAAAACACAACGAAACAUUCGUUUGGGCAAGAGAAUAUGCAGUGAGCUGAAGAUUUUGUCUUUAUCAGGCAACAUCACACCAACUGUAGAGCUUAAUGCACUGGCGAUGAAGCGAGGUGAACCAGCCGUAUAUACUUUUAUGGAACCCUCACACCAUCAUGGUAAUCACAGCGCAGCACCUCACAACGCAUACCUGCCCCCACCAGCCCCUCCAGGGCAUAAUUUCAAUUACCGCGGCAUGUACAAUCAGGUACGUGGAUUCCCAAACUACGAGCAAAAUAGGCGCAAUGCUAUCUCACGAGGCCCAUUCUACACUCAUUAUGACAAUAUGAGGUAUCAUUAUGGGAAGGGCCCUGGAGGAUUUCAGCCACCAGUGUUCACAGUGUCUCUCCGUGUGGGAGCUCGAGAGUUCCUGGGUGAUGGUCCAACUGCUCAGGCAGCUCGUCAUGAUGCUGCUUCUAAAGCUCUACACCAGCUGAAGUCUUUGCCAUUGCCUGAAGACAGUCUGCAACAUUGCAAUGUGGCUAUACAAGAAAAUGGAAUUUCCUGUGGUUUGGAAAAUGAUCCUAAUGCAGAUUUGAAGUCUCCUAUCUCACUAGUUCAUGAGAUUGCUUUGAAGCGCAAUCUCCCAGUGAAUUUUGAGGUGGUUAGUGAGAAAGGACCACCACAUAUGAGAACCUUUGUGACCAAAUGCGCAGUUGGGGACAGGGUGACGACUGGUGAAGGCAAUGGCAAGAAGGUAUCUAAGAAACGAGCUGCAGAAAAGAUGUUGGAAGAACUUAAGAAGCUCCCACCUCAGUCACCCACCAAUAUGGCUGCCAGUAUGGCUCGUCUCAAACGUAAGGCCAAUCCAGGAAAGAAGAAAACACGUAAUCUCAUCAAGGUAUAUCAGCAGGAGCAGAAGGCAGAGCCAGAGUAUGGUGAAGAUAUCAACCCAAUCUCACGGCUGAUUCAGAUCCAGCAGGCUAAGAAAGAGCGUGAGCCUGUUUACUCACUGCUCGAAGAGAGAGGAGUGCCUCGACGUAGGGAAUUUGUUAUGGAGGUCCAUGUCGGGCAGCAUUCAUGCACUGGUACAGGACCUAAUAAGAAGUUGGCUAAGCGAGCAGCAGCUGAGGGAUUGUUGCAACUGUUGGGUUACUCUCGUCCAGCAGCCCAGCCUGUUAAGCCUUCUAUCAAGACUGGUGAUACCAACCAGGAUAUGGACAAAAAUAGGAAGGUCACAUUCCUAGAAGAUGAGAAGGUUGUUGAGUUGCCAGCUGGUGGAAGCAGUGGGCGACAGUUAGUACCAGGUCUCUUACUUAUGGCAGACAACACUACAGGCAGCUAUGUUCAUACACCAACUAAGAAUUCUGGAGUGAACUUGCAGACAACUGCUGCAAUAGCAAAGGAAUUGCUGAAGGGAGGGAAUUCUCCAACAGCUGAAGCACUGGCCAAGUCAGGAGCUGCUGUUGGGAAUCACAAGAACUCAGCAGUAACACCAGGCAUGGCCACACCCUUGCUUCAGCAGCAGGUGGUGCGACCAAAGGAUCAGCUGCUAUACUUGGCCCAGCUGCUUGGUUUCCAAGUCCAAUUCUCAGACUUUCCAAAGGGAAACCACAGUGAAUUCCUGAGCUUGGUGUCACUCUCAACUGACCCACCACAGGUCUGUCAUGGAGCUGGGCAGACUACUGACGCCUCUCACGAUCAGGCGGCAUUGACAGCUUUACGUGCUUUGUCAGAGAUGGGCCUUGACUCAGUUGCUCCAUCAGGGAGUAGCAUGAAAGAUGGGCAGCAGGGAUCCCAGGGAGACAGCCUUCAUCUCACACAGAAGGCUGGAAGCAUCUCCCAUGGUAAGUAAAACAUGCGGCCAUAUUGUCUGUUGGAAAAAAUAAAAUAAAAAUUGUUGAUACAAAAUUCCUUUUUCCCAGUACUGUAAAUAUAAUUCUUGAUGAUAAACUGCACAAUAAAUUGUCCCUCUGCUUCUUUAGGAAUAUCCAGACUUUGAACAAACGGUUGCACUUGGCUAUUAUGUGUAAGAAAGGAUGCAUUUACUGACACACAUACUGCAUGUAUUAUUAUGAAAUUAUAUAUGCUGUGUUGUUAUGAAUGCUCUUCGUAAAUUACACUUCAGAACUCCACAGAUUGCAUAUCCUCUUUUCUAAUGAUGUUAAUUUUUUUUCUAAAUUUAUGUUUUUUUACCGUUUAUUUGUACUGACACUAGGUUUGUUCUGUAGGCCAGAAACUGGUGAAUUAUUUACCCAUGGAUCAGAGUAUGAUGUGAUACAGAAUCGUAAAGUCUGAUGUGUAAAGCAUAUCAACACACCACUAAUGCACACUUUAUACAGCCAUUAUGCCCCAAUGUAAACUAAAGCAGGUCAGUUCCUUUGCUCAUGCCCAUAAUUGUAACUCAGAACUCUUGCAAUGUUUCAGUUGUUAUAUGACUUUAAAUAGGAACAAAGAAUAUAUUCAAGUAAUCAUUUGGAUAUAGGUCACUUUAUGUGAAGAAUGGCAGUGUGCAACAAAUCAAUUAAAAAAGGGGACUGGUUAUUGAAUAUUUCUUGUGAAUUAAAUAUUUGAUUAUGUAAGCAUCAGGCUGUGUGAUAUAUGCUUUGAUACAUUAAAAUAAUUUCUGGCUCAUUGUUAAAAGAUACCAAGCUUUUGGUAUUUGUUGAUUUGGGAUUCCAUUGCUUUGGGUUGGAAAUAGUAGGAAAUGUUUUUCUGUACUGAAAAUUUGGUUUGAAAUUUUUAAGGUUAUUUAUUUUGAAACAGUCCUAAGCAAGGGAAUUAAAAUAAGGAGUUUUGUAUCAUUGUUAAUAAAAUAUAUUUUAAAGAGGAAAAGUGAAAUUUUCUCCCCUUUUGCUAAGAUAGGCUGGGGCACAAGGGGAGAAAAGUAUUGUUGCUUGCAGCUGGAAUUUAAACUGUAAACUUUGGCCGAUUGUUAACGAGUGGAUCGCUGUUGCGUUGCAUGGAUAUGAUUAAGACAUUCUGCAGUGAAAACACAUGGGCCUGUAUUUGAUUCUGUUGACUACUGUGUUGGAGUUUUUUUGUGAAAUGUGUACUGGGACCAGAUGUGAAGAAUGUAAUGGAAGUUGCAGUAUGUGGUGAAUUAUGUUGUUGCUCACAACAUGUUCUUGACAUUAAUGAUUUGAAUGGUUAACAAUUGAUCAAUUUCAUGAAUGGUUGAUUCCAGGCUGCAAUUUUUGGAAUUCAAGUUGAGAGAUGAUUGUCGAUUGAUUUCAUUGUUUAAUCUAUGGGGCGUCUAUAAGGAAAUAUAUAUGACUAAGACAGAAUUAAUAAGAUUGCAUUAUUUGUAAAUGAGAAUCUUUCCCAGAAUGAUAAGUGUGUAUGGCUUGGAACUGGGCUACUUCCCUUGCUUGGUUUCCAGUGUUGCCAUAUUAAUGGCAGGUCAUUUCAGUACCUUCUGUAGAGAAUGUGAGAUGUGACUGACACUAGAUUAUCGUGUGUAGGAAGUGCAAGAAUUGUACCCAAGACUGUUCAUUGUCUUCUGUGUCAUACAGGAGGCAUUGAAAUUAUCCUUAUACUAUGAACUAAAACACUGAGGCCAGGCAACCUCCCCCCAGUCUGUGCCACUUGUAGCUUCCAAAUCUAAUAAUGUUUAAAAAAAUCAUUCAUGCGUACAUUUAGUGUUAAAUAAAUAUGUAAUAUUCAGUAUUAAAGCAGUAGUGUUAGUAGAUGUGUAUUGUAGUUGUGAUGUUUUCCAAUUCAUUAAUGUCAAUAUCAGUUCAAUGCACUGAUAUCAUAAUAACAGUGAAUCCAAUUACCCUUGCACUUGGUUGCCAUACCAGCUGGAUCUUAUUGAUAUUGAAUGACUAUUGAUGUUAAUAAGUUAUGCUAUAGCUGGUUUUAAGGAAACAUAAUAAUCAUAAACAGUAUUUAGCAUAUAAUAUUUAGGUUGGUAAAUUAAAUACAAUUGUCAAGGUAGAAAACCUGUAUUUGUUAAAAUCAUAUGAAAACCAUCACGAACAUCAUUUAUAAGGAAGAUUCUGGGAAACAUUUUCCACAGUUCGGUGACUGGUUGCAGGGUGUGGCAAACAUGUAGUUUGCUAGUCUCUGUAAAAUUAUACUGUAGUAGUGCACUGAUUCUUCCAUGAAUUCAAACCAAAUUACAGGAGUGGCAUGAAAAUGCUGAAUGUUUUAAUUAUUUAUUGUUAAUGCCACAACUUUGUGUCAGUUGUACCAUGUUUUCCUUGUUUCAUUUGCGUAUUACAACGCUAAUAAAGCACAUACCAUGAAUUGGAUAUUUACUGUUCAUAUGGCACAGUGUCUGUUUUUGCAACCUGAGGAAGAACAGACUGGCCUCAGCAAUUCUGAUAGUUCUUUAAGUGCCUGAUAUAAUCUUAAUUACUUAAUAUAAGUUCACCUCCUCAUACUAAGUGGUUAAGAUUCUACCAGGUAAACGUAAUGCAGUGGAAUUAUGAAUAUGGUGCAUACUGAUAAAAAAUGGCAAUUAAAAUGUUUGAAAUGGCUGUUUUUAUAGGAACAACACAGAGUCAGUGCAUCACCAAGUAUGAGCAUACACAAUUAUUCUGCUUAGCUUUUUUGUGUUUUCUGAAAGAAAAAAGAAAGUGGGAGAGAAGAAAGCUAAUUGGAAUUGCAAUCAUUUACAAACAUGAGUUUCUCUGUGUCUAUUAAUAUUUUAGCUUAUUGGUUGUUGAGUGCACACACAGUGGAGGUCUGCACUGGGCUGGUCUGAUGGUCAUGUGGCCUAAAUGAAGUGUAAAGGGCCCCUCACCCAUUUCAUGCCCCCCAUACUAGCCUCAAGGAUGCAUGCAGUAUUAACUCUGAAUAUAUUUUGAAAUUUACUACUGUUUCUGUCGUCAACAUAAGCAUAUUUCAGACAGUAAUAAUUAGUUCAAAUUCUGCUUAUGAUGAUGCAUCAGGCAUAAUAGAUGCAUGCGACAAAAAGUACUUUGUAUUUUUCAGGAUUUGUACAUUUAAAAUUACCUAUGUAUGUGUCAGAACUUUGUGAUGAAACAUAACUUUAAUAUUCCAUGGCCAGUUUUCCUAAAUUGUUACAUUAGCACUCCCCUCCUCCCCCAACAAAUUGUGUAAAUGGUGGUCUUGUGGGUUGUUGUGCCAUUUAUUUUGUCACAGAGCUAAAAUUCUUUGUGGCAGACCACCAUCUGUUUUCUUAUUACUGUGAAAAGCUCAAAUCUUACUUUACAGAAGUUUGAUCUGAGUUUGGCUAGGUCAUGCCUGAACCUUAGGGCAAGGUCCAGUAGUGCAGGCCUCAUUAACCCACGAUGCCACACUUCCAUGUGCCUGGAAGACUGUACACCCAUUUCUUACUUUAAAUACAAAUUAACUGGCUUUGAAACAUUUCCACAAAUUUUUAUACUUUGUUUAAAGCAAAAGUCCCUUUUGCAUACAUGUUGGUAGUACCAUAAAAACACCUGUUUCUGACUUUGAAAGGGGUAAUUGAAAAAUGCUGUUAGAAGGUAACUAAUUCGUAAGUGAUUUUGAUUGCCCAUCACUUCUUGAGAAGGGAAUGAAUAUAUUCCUUCAUUCUGGAAUGUGGAUGCCAGUGCAGUUAGUACAGGGUCACAGACAGUGUGGCACAAAUUGUGGAAUAUUUUUUUUAAUUUGGCUGAGAUUAGGGUCUCUUAGUGUGUUGGGUUUGUUGUGCAACAUGUAUGAAGUUCGACUUCACCUACAUCUGUUCGCAUUUUGUUGUGAUUAAAACCAUACUCAUAUAAUGUGAUAGUAUUCAUAAUACAGGAAGCAUACAGACCUCUUAGCCACAGAGGACUGUUACAAACCACUGCUUCGUUGUUGAGAUAACUGAAUCACACUAUGGACACUGAAAUCUGGCCACAAUGAAAUGCUUUUCAUGUGUGUGUGUGUGAUGCAAUUAAUUAGGUUGCUUCUCCCUUUAUAUGUAGUUCUCAUUGUUCCAGUAAGAGGUAGAAUUAUGAGCAUGUAUUUCUUUAUUAAUAUAGUUGUUACAUUACAAAGAACACAGUUUUUGUGGCAUUGUUUUAGUAGUAGUUCUGAAAGUACAUUUGAAUGGCAAGUAGAACAUUCACUGCCUGCUAAAUACAAAGGCAGACUUACAUUUCUCUCCUGAUAUGUCAGCUUGACAUGACCAAAGUGAGGCUGUAGUUAUGCAAAUUAGGGACAUGAAAAUUACGUCUUGAUGAAAGAAAACUAGCUCGUUUAUGUUAAGUUUCUUCUCAUAUAUAAGUAAUUUUAUUUGUGAGUUAGUAGUGCCUAUUGUCAUCCUUUGAUAUGACGUUACUUUCUGAUUAUAACUGUUGUUAUGCCCAAACUUCAGGACUUUGUUGUAUGCUGUACAUUCAAUCCAGGUGGUGUAAUUAAUAUUAUGGACUAUGUUUUUUUUCAUUUUUAGUCACAGUAAAAUGUCAUGUCAUCAAUGUGUGUAUGCUUAAAAUAAUGUUAUAAAUGCAAUGUGUUGCAAUUGCUGCAGGGAAGUAAAAUAGCUGUGAUCAAAAGGGGAACAAGUUCAGUGACCACAUUCAACCAGUCCUCUUCUGCUGUAUGCACACAAAGUGAUAACUGAAUGACAAUCAUCUCAUAGAUGUGAGGCUUCUUUGGACAGAAGUGUGUCUUGCUUAUGUGAUGAACUCUGUUCCCCAAGAUUGAAAGCUGUUUUAAAAGAAGGGAGGACAGAUUGCACCGUUGCGCUAUGUUUAUUCCAAUACUGUAGUUUGAACGUGCAUAUAAUGCCUCACUAGAUACUGAAAUCAAUAAACAAACCUUGCAGACUAA